UUUCGACGUAUGCCUGCAAGACAAGUAACUUAUUAAUUGUCCAUCCCAUCAGCAGCAACCACGCCCAUGCUGUCUAACUCUAUCCGGAGAAUGUCACGGCCAUCGACCCUGGCUCGUGCUCGUCUUGUUGCUCAGCACAUAUCCAUGUCCAGAACAAUGUCGUCAACGACUAAUUCUGAGGAGCCUCCGGUGCUGUUUGAAUCCGAUGGUUGCGUGAGGCGAUACAUUCUGAAUCGUCCGAAGAAACACAAUGCUCUCGACGGAGCUAUGAUCAAUGUUUUACGUCUGAAAAUCAAGGAAUGGGAACAAUCAGAUCUUUGUGGAAUUGUCGUUGGAACUGGGAAGGGUGCAUCCUUCUGCGCAGGUGGUGAUGUUGUCUCUGUAAUAAAAAUGGCAGAGAACGAGGAAACCCGUGCAAAGGCUCCGGAUUACUUUAGGAAUGAAUUUAACCUCGAUUAUGCAUUGGCGAAUAUCAAAAAGCCGUACAUUUGCGUCUUGGAGGGCAACACUAUGGGAGGCGGCGUUGGAUUAUCCGUGCAUGCACCAUUCAGGAUUGCGACUGAAACAACAGUUUUCGCAAUGCCAGAGACGAAGAUCGGCUAUAUUCCCGAUGUGGGAGCUAGCCACUUCUUACCGCUUCUCGAUGGCGAGUUAGGAACGUAUCUUGGCUUAACUGGCGAAACUAUUCGAGGAAGAGCCGUCUUUGAACUUGGACUUGCUACACAUUUUGUUCCCUCUCGGCGAGUCCCGCAGUUGCUAGCCCUGCUGGGUACAAUGAACAGCCCUACACUCUCAAUGAUUAAUAAAGCCAUUGAAGAACAUUACGGAGAACCGCUGGCCGAAGAAGCAAGGAACCUGUUGGUAGGCGAAGUACGAGAAGCGCUUGAUACUGCAUUUGGUCAUGAUACCGUCGAAGAAAUUGUUUCUGCCCUGGAGAAAUUUGGGAAAUCUGAUUCAGUGGAGGUUGCCACAUGGGCGAAAAAGUCACUAGAAGCACUUCAUCUGCGCAGUCCAACUAGUCUCAAGGUUGCUCUGCAAGCUGUCCGACGGGGCAAGAGCCUUACUCUCGGGAAUGCCCUCAUAAUGGAGAUGGGAAUGGCCACUGCCUUCCUUACUGGCGCCAGCCCAGACUUCUUUACCGGAGUAAACAAGGUCCUAGUCGAAAAGGUCCGCAAUGAAAGACCUCCUUGGAAUCCAGACAGCUUGUCCGGGGUCACCGACGAUAUAGUCAAGAGAUUCUUUGAUGACUCCCAAUAUGUUAGAUCGGCGCCGGCGCUUGAUAUUUCGAAACAGGACGAAACAAUGGAAGGGAAAAGGGAUCCAAUGGCUUUCGCCCUUCCAACUGAGAAGGAAAUCAGACAACUUGUGCGCGGCGAACAUCUGCAAAGCGGCGCAUUCGCGCUCACGCUUGAAGAGCUUGUCGAAAAGUUCCGUAACAUGAAGAGGAACAAACACGGAGUCGACGAGAAGGUAUUGGAGGUUGCGGCACGCAAAUGCGAAAUUAUUCAGGACCCAGAAAACCAGCGCUGUUUACGCUGGAAGUGAUUUACUGGAUCCAAACAUUUGAAUAAAAUUCGUGCUUGUUUGGCUUUCGUGUCUAUGCCUGCUCUGCCAUGGAAAUUUCAAAUUAUGCGCUUAUCACCUGUGCAUCGGUUAAAGGGCAUGUUGUGUGGAUUGUCGACGAUGCCUCGAUAUCACAUUUAUGUUGUAUGUAUCCCUGAACAGCGUACGAGGUAGUAGCUCGUGUGGACGACGCCUCCAUCGUUUCAGUCGCGCCAUCAGUCGUAGUCUCCGUAAGCAGUGCGCCGCACUGUUCGCAGCAGCGUCCGCUCGCUGUCUCGACGGAGAUUGAAGACGUGAAGCCAGGGUCAUCGAAGGCCAUAACGUCUAUCCUCGGCUAUCCUUAGAGCUUGAGAAUAGGCUUGAGAAUGUUGUGUAAAUCCGUUUUCGAGCAUUGACUGUCACGUGUGAGAAGAAUCAGAAGAUCGCGCGACGC